GACUUCGAGAGGCUGCCGGCAUGCCCAAAGCACGCAAAGCAAACGAAACACGCUGUAGAUAACUCGUGCGAAGCAAUCCAGGCCCAAACGCCAUCGCUGCGCCGCAGUUGUGCGCUGCAGAGCGUGCUAGCAAGACCCCACCACUAUGAUCAGGGCAGCCCUGCUCCUCCACCUCUGCACGGCAGCAGACCCCUACUACGAGCGAGGCCUGGCAGCCGCACGAGCAGCCGACCUUGCGCGAGCCAAAGCUUCAUUUACGGAAGCUGGAGAAACGGCGAGCGCCCUGCAAGCGCUCGCGACGCUAUACUUGAUCGACGGCGACGUCGCAAAAGCGGUCGCGGCGCGACGCAAGGCCAAAACGAUUGACCCCCAAGCAUUACCACCGCUCGCGGUCUUGUUUAGAGACGGCGACGCGUGCGGAGGUCUGGGCGACGUCUACUGGUCGGGCGCGUUCCUGCUGAAGAAACUCGACGAGACGAAUGUGAGCGACGACGUGGCCUUCGAGGGCCACCUCCAGCUGAGUACGGUCUUGGAGGAUUCCGGGGCCUUGGUCGAAGCGUCGGAACACGUGCGGCGAGCGUCCUUGCUAAAACCGGACGACGCGCGGCUGCGGUUCCGGAGCGCGCUGCUCGUGCCGGCCGUCUCUUCUAGUCAAGAGGCGGUGAACACGACGUAUCGUGAGCUCGAGAAUAGAAUAGCCCUUUUACCGGAGACGCUGGAGACGUUGGACGGCAUCUCGAUGCCCGGAACUUUCUACAUCGUCUACCUCGGUUUUGAGGAUGCGUCGUUGAUGACGUCGAUCCAACGCGCGUAUCAACGGGCCCACCCUCCACUAAAAAAGCAGCUCGUCGCCACGACCAAGAAAGAACGGUUGAGGAUAGGGUUUGCCGGUGCCUAUUGGAAGCGCCACAGCGUCUGCAAAUUGUUGUGCGGCAUUGUGCGGGGCCUCGCGGCUUUGCCGGACUUCGAGGUCGUCCUCUUCGACGCGACGGAGGAGUCCGACGACUGGUUAACGUGGACGUUGGGGACGGGCGCUUUGCAUAGACCAAUGGACAUGACGCUGUCGUCGCGAACCCAGGUGCAGGACGUUGAUGUCUUGGUGUAUGCUGAAUUAGGAAUGCGAGCUCGAGCGCUGACCUGGGCCCACGCGCGCCUCGCGCCCGUCCAGGUGUUGUUCUGGGGCCACCCGCACACGUCCGGCCUGCCGGACUCGAUCGACUACUUCGUGUCGUCGGACGGCUUCGAGCCGCCGAAUGAUGAUCUCUCCAGAAGAUACGCGGAGCAGGCCGUGCGCUUCGCGACGCCCGGGAUUUAUUUUCGAAGGCCUCAAAAUCUCUACGCGCCUCCGAUAAGCGACGGGGCCGCGUUCCGACGCCAACUGAACAUGACGGAUACAGAUCCUUUAUAUCUCUGUCCUCAAUCUUUACCAAAGUUCCACCCGGCCUUCGACGAGGUUUUACUGAGGCUCGUCUCGGAGGAUGCGAGGGCCAAAGUAGUGGUCACCUACGACCCGAAGAAGGCGCUGUGGCUGCACGUCUUACAAGGGCGGCUCGGGCACCAUCCCCGGAUCGUGUUCCUGCCGCUGGCUUUGGGCGACAAGUUCUUCGGGCUGCUGCGCGCGGCGACGCUGCUGCUCGACCCGUUUCCCUUUGGGGGCGGCGUGACGACGCUCGAGGCGUUCUCCGUGUGUCGGCUAGCGGUCACGGCUCCAUCAUUACAGAGCGUCGUCGCGCUCGCGGCGGGCUUCUACCGACGGUUAAAUAUAGCGGACGCGCCGAUCGUCGAUAGCGUCGACGCGUACGUGAAGCGGGCCCAGGAGCUCGCCGCCGACGCCGCGAAACGGGGGGCGCUCGAGGCCGCCGUCUGCCGCGCCGACGGGAAUCUAUUCAAUGAUGACGAGUCCGUGGAGGAGUGGGCGGCGUUCCUGCGGCGGGCGAGCUCCGGGGCAGCACCAGCUCCGUUCAGCAACACGGGGUCCACCACGGUCUCGGGGAUAUCGUUGGCGGCGGCGUCGACGCCCGCGGUCCAAGCCGUCCUCCAGGACGCGAUCUGGCGCGUGGCCGGAGGCACGGACGUAGAAAUACUGGGCGUCACGGCGGCGGCGCGCGGAAGUGGCGUCGACGUCAGCUAUCGCAUCACGUCGCCCGACCUCGCGGCGUCGCGGGACGUCGCCGAGAGGCUCGCCGACGUCGCGGCCAAUCCCGCGCUGUUUGAUCGAGCGAUCGCGGAGGCGGCGGCCGCGGCGUCUUGAUUUUUUAGCGUCGAUGGCGUCCGCGACGGUCCAGCUGGGACAUGUUAAAAUGUAGUAAACUUA